AAUGGUAUAUUUUGUCAAUUUCAUCCAUAUAAUAAAUUUCAUUUUCAACUGUAUAGAGAUAUAAAGAAAUGAAAGUGUUUAGAAUAGGCCAGUCAAGUAGAAAAUUGAUUAAUAGAUCGUAUAAAGUUAUGUGGGCAUGGCAAAAUGGUCUAUCUAGCUAAUAAUAUUCGACGGAAUAUCAAAAACGAGGAAUAUGUAAAAUAGAACUUGAAUUCUUCCGUUUAUUAACAAUAUAUUUUGGUAUAUUUCUGAGGGUCGGACGGUAGUGACGAUAAAUCCGCGAUCACACUGGUCGUAAGGAAAAGGGGUAAAAAAAGAAAAGUGCAGCGGGAAAAGGGCUGGAAAAUUGUUUAGCCUGUAAAUAACGAUUGUAGCACAACUUAUAAACUCUUAAGAUACGAAUUUGGGUGCGCAGAAACUGCAGAAGAAACGACGGACCACAGAACCACAAACAGUUCGACUGUGAAACAGCGCAGCGCUCUCUCCCCCUUCCAGCGACGCCCCAGGGCCUUUGCUAUCAACAACAAACAUUUUUAAUUAUAGUAGCAGGCAUUCAGUCUCACUCUUAUCGCCCGGAACCGGCAGCAGCUGGAGGUCGCAGCGUACGGGUUUCCCCAACCUUGGGAGUGACGGGGACCCAUAUUGAUUAAGGUUCUGUUCUGUGGUUCACCAUGUCAUCGGCCCACACGCAAACCAAUGCCGAGGAGGACAGCCUUUUGAGCGGGCUGAACAAGCUGCGUCUCGAAGAGAAGCUCACCGAUGUCACACUCAUUGCAGGUGGCAUACGCUACCAGGCCCAUCGCGUGGUUUUGGCUGCCAGCAGCGACUACUUUUGCGCCAUGUUCGCCGACUGUGCCAUGAUCGAGACGCGCAAGAAGGAGAUUGCUCUGCAUGGGAUCACAGGGCGAGCCAUGGGCUCCAUCCUAGAGUAUAUAUACACCGGUCGCCUAGAGCUCAACAUCGACAACAUCGAGGAGACACUGGCCGCCUCCAGCAUUGUCCAGGUGCGGGAUGUGAUCGACCGUUGCACGUUCUUCCUGCAGCAUCGCAUUGGGCUGGACAAUUGUUUGGCCGUGGCCACCAUGGCGGAGAUCUACGGCCAGCUGGGGCUAUCGGCGCGUGCCUUUCGCUAUGUGUGCGCCCACUUUAAGGAGUUUUCGGCGGGGCCGGACUUCAAGGAGAUGAGCGUCGAUCAGAUGCGCUUCAUACUGAACAGCAACUAUCCGAUCGAUGUCAGCGAGCAGGAGCUGGCGCGUCUGGUGGCCACGUACUGCCUGGACCAGCGGCUGGAGGAUGCAGUGGCCUUUGACCUGCUGUGCCUCAUCAACUGGCCGCACAUCAACUACAAGGAGCUGCACCUGGUGGCGGCCAUGAACUGUUCGAUCGAUGACAAGGUGAAGCGUCGGCUGCCAUCGAAAUACUUUGAUCGCAUACGUGAACUGUAUCUGGCCCGUCUCAUCAAGGGGGAGCUGGCUCUGGAGGAUCAGACGCUGAGAGACUUGCCCACCAAUUUGCGUGGCAUGGAGCUGAGUCUCCUCAAAAUAGGCGGCUUCGAGUGGAAGGGUCUAACCAAUGAGAUUAUGUGCUUUUCUCCAUCGAAAAUGAAGUGGUACGAACUGACGACCAUACCCCAUAUUGAUCAAUGCAACUUUGGCACUGCCGUGCUCAACAACGAGCUGUUCAUUGUCGGCGGGGCCUAUGAUGUGUGCCUCAAGGAGUAUAUCCAUCCGUUUGGCUUUCGCUACUGCCCGUUGCGCAACUCCUGGGUGACCAUAGCACCCAUCCAGCUGGAUCGUUGCCGUUUCUCGCUGAAUGCCGUCGGCAAUCAGUAUCUGUAUGCGGUGGGUGGCAUUGUGGAGAACGACGACACCUCCGAGGAGGGUAUGCGCCGUGUCUCGAAUGUGGAGCGCUAUUCACUGGCCGACAACAAGUGGUCGUAUAUGCCCUGCCUUCAGGAGAAUCGCAGUCAGCAUGCUGGCGUCGUUGUCGGCGACAAACUGUAUAUCUCCGGUGGCAUAUAUAUGGCCGUCAUUUUGUCCAGCUUUUGGUGCUUUGACACAAAGGCCGAUACGUGGGUGGAGCUCGCACCGAUGCCCACCGAAUGCUGUGAUCAUGUCCUGGUGGCCUUAAAUGAUCGGAUCUUUGCCUGCGGUGGUUGGCACGAGAAUCAGGCGGAGGCCCGUGUCCUUGUGCAGCACAUCUAUGCGUACAGCAUCAAGACGAAUACGUGGCAGAUGGAGACCCGCAUACCGGCGCCCAAAUUCUACUCGGGUAUAGCGAUGAUGGGGCGCACCAUAUUCUUUGUGGGUGGACUCGACUCCACGGAGACCAUCGAUCGAGCCAGCUCGGCGACCAUGGCCUACGAUGUGGAUACAAAGUGUUGGUGGCAUCGCAAGGAUUCGUGGGACACGCCCUCCGAUGUCUGGGAGUCAACAUGCGCCAGCCUCUAUGUUCCUAUCUGUGAUUCUUAACUUUACUCAUGUAUUUUUGUACACCACAGAAGACUACACGCUACACCCUCUCUCAGCGCCUUUUUAAACACUUUACUGCAGCGGCGAACGAUUAAAAAAUACACCAGACGCUGCACACUCAAUCUGCGUACCUCUCUCGUCGUCUCUUUCAACCCUCAACUGGCGGAAACCAUUGACAAACUGUGCACCUACGUAAACGAAUUUAACGAUUCUCAAAACCUACAAUUGUAGCAUAAAAAUGUACUUUAAACUAGCAUAAUUAUACAAUAAUAUAUACAAUAACAGCAGCCAGAACACGGCAGCCUGCAACCUGCGGCAAGGCCUGUCCUGUGCUGCCUUGCCUGUACAGACAAAUAAAUGUGCCAAGCACCGGCUCAAAAUAGUGCAUAUUUCAUAGAAUAUAAA